AUGGCCGCGGGCGGGCGGGCGGAGGAGCCGCUGGCGGAGCUGAGCCGCUACCUGGUGGCGCGGCCCAUCUACAGCGAGGCGGGCUUCCAGGAGGAGAACGAGCGGCGGCCGGUGCUGCCGCCCACGCUCCGCGAGCGGGCGCAGGCGGCCUGCAGAUGUUCAAGAAAAAGGGCCUUUCAGAUUACCAAGUCCUUUCUGCCCAUCCUGGAGUGGCUGCCCAACUACCGGGUGAAGGAGUGGCUGGUCAGCGACAUCAUCUCGGGCGUCAGCACCGGCCUCGUCGCCACCUUGCAAGGUCUGGCAUAUGCUUUGCUGGUUGCAGUUCCUGUUGGAUACGGUCUCUAUUCUGCCUUUUUUCCCAUCCUGACAUAUUUUUUCCUGGGAACAUCAAGGCACAUCUCAGUUGGUCCAUUCCCUGUAGUAAGUUUGAUGGUGGGAUCUGUUGUAUUGAGCAUGGCCCCUGAUGAUAACUUUCUCAUAGAUGGCAGUAAUGCUACAGGGACUAAUGGUACUGGGACACUGAUAGACACUGAAGCCAGAGAUGCACAGAGAGUUCUGAUUGCUAGUACACUCACAUUUCUGGUUGGAAUUUUACAGGUAGUAUUUGGAGUCCUUCAGAUUGGUUUCAUUGUGCGAUACCUUGCAGAUCCACUAGUUGGGGGAUUCACAACUGCAGCUGCUUUUCAAGUGCUUGUGUCACAAUUGAAAAUAGUCCUAAAUGUUUCAACUAAAAACUAUAAUGGUGUUCUUUCUAUAAUAUAUACUCUUACUGAAACAUUUGAAAAAAUUGGUACCACCAACAUUGCAGAUCUUAUUGCUGGGCUCCUCACCAUUUUUGUCUGUAUGGUAGUUAAAGAAAUAAACGAUCGGUUCAAACACAAGAUACCUAUCCCUAUACCAAUAGAAGUUAUCAUGACAAUAGUAGCCACUGGCAUUUCAUAUGCUGCUGACUUGGAAAAAAAAUACAAUGCAGGCAUUGUUAAGAGCAUUCCAAGAGGAUUUUUGCCUCCCGAACCUCCAGAUGUGAGCCUGUUUUCCCAGAUGAUAGCAGCCUCCUUUUCCAUUGCUAUUGUUGCUUAUGCUAUUGCUGUAUCUGUGGGGAAAGUAUAUGCAACCAAGUAUGACUAUGCUAUUGAUGGAAACCAGGAGUUUAUUGCCUUUGGGUUCAGCAACAUUUUUUCAGGUGCCUUUUCAUCUUUUGUUGCAACUACUGCUCUUUCACGAACUGCAGUCCAAGAAAGUACAGGUGGAAAGACUCAGGUUGCUGGUAUAAUCUCAGCUGGCAUUGUUCUGAUUUCCAUUGUUGCCCUGGGGAAAUUGCUAGAGCCCUUACAAAAGUCUGUGUUGGCAGCUGUAGUCAUAGCUAACUUGAAAGGGAUGUUCAUGCAAGUGCUUGAUGUUCCCCGUCUGUGGAGACAGAAUAAAGUGGAUGCUAUGAUCUGGGUUUUUACAUGUAUAGCAUCCAUCAUUCUGGGACUGGAUUUGGGAUUACUUGCUGGCCUUUUGUUUGGAUUGCUGACAGUUGUGCUGAGGGUUCAGUUUCCUUCAUGGGGUGGCUUUGGAAACAUUCCUGGCACAGACAUCUACAAGAAGGUCAAGGACUACAAAAAUGUUAUAGAACCAGAAGGUGUGAAGAUUCUCAAGUUUUCAAGUCCAAUUUUUUAUGCUAACAUUGAUGGACUGAAAAGCAGCCUCAAAUCCACAGUGGGAUUUGAUGCAGUCAAGGUAUAUAAUAAAAGACUCAAAGCACUGAGGAAGAUACAAAAGCUAAUCAAGAAGGGGAAAUUAAAAGCUACUAAGAAUGGCAUCAUCAGUGAGCCUGGUAUUAAUAAUGAAGCUUUUGAGACUGAUGAGGAACCUGAGGACAAUGAAGAUCUUCAAGUUCCCACCAAAGAAGUAGAGAUCCAGGUGGACUGGAAUUCAGAACUCCCAGUCAAAGUAAACAUCCCCAAAGUGCCCAUCCACAGUCUCAUUCUUGAUUUUGGAGCAGUGACCUUCUUGGAUAUUGUAGCUGUGAGGUCAAUAAAAACGAUAAUUAGAGAGUUUGAGAGAAUUGAUGUGAGAGUAUACUUUGCUUCAUAUCAAGACAACCUUAUAUCUCAGCUGGAACGGAGUGCCUUCUUUGAUGAUAUUGUCAGAAAAGACAUAUUCUUCUUGACUGUCCAUGAUGCUGUGCUCUACAUAAAGAAUCAAAUGACAUAUCAUGACAACCAUGAUCCCAUAUUUGAGAAGAUUUCACUCAUGCAGGAGUCUAAAGAACCCAUAGAAUUCACAGAGACAAGCCGGCCUGAUGAUGAACUUGAUGUUCAGGAAGAGGCUAUGCGCAGACUUGCUUCAUGAAGAUGGACGGCCGGUACUGUCCUGCCUGUGAACUCACAGCAAUAUUUAUGCACCAGCACUAUAUAGGCAUUUUCUGCAAUGAAACCAAUCUUUGCACUUGAACAAGACCCUGAUUGUUUGUCUGAAUGAUACAGAUCUCUAGAAAUCUCCAAAUUUUAGCUAACCCUAUCCUGGAAAUAUUCUGGACCUUGAUUCAGCAAGCACUUUCCAAUAUGAUAUAUUGAUUCAAAAUUAAAAAAAAAAAAAUUAAUAAUCAGAAGACAAAAAGAUGAACUCAGUUUUGGGACCAGUCAGGCAGAAAGCACAUGAUGCUAUUUUAUCAGUGUGUACAGGACAAAAAUGCUGCUUUGUGGUCUGCCCAGGAGAGUUGAAGAGCCCAACAUUUUGGAUGGCAGGCCUUUUGCUGUGUAUUUGCACAAUGCCUAGCAGGAGGGCAGGAGUUCUAGCUGGCCAGGACUGUGAUUCUAGAAUGUUGGUGUGAGCACACAUGCUGACAAUCCUUGAAAAACGUAUUGUGACCAUUUUUUUCCAAGCAAUGCCUUAAAUUGCUGCAGGUUGUUAGAGAACUGAAACAGGUGACAGGUGAAACAGUCACAUGAACUUAAAACAGCACUGAACUACUAGAAGACUUUAAAUAGGGUAAGUUUCAAUAGAAAAGACCUUUGGAUGUGGGCUCAUUAGUUCUGUAUUAAUCCCAUUGUAGCAAAUCAUGCACUGCUAUUAAUGACCAUCCCUAAAAUUAAUUAUACACAGAUUUUUUUUGCUAGGUUACAUAUCUUUCAUCAAGAGGCAGAUCAUGACAUCAAUUAGAUUAAGGAAAACUUUACUUCCCAAGUACUUCAUGGAAUCUGUAGAACAGGCUGCUACUGAGUGCAAGUAAGAAAGCCAGAAUGUGACCAAGUGUAGAGGUUUGUGAUUUUUUAAAAUGGAAUAUAGGAAUUUAUUUAGUUUAAUGAAUAGUUAUAUUUUUAUAUAGCAUGUUUUUUUUUCUUUUAAUACUCUACAUCAGACUGCUGCUGUUCUUUUACAUUUGACAGUCCAUUAUGCACAAGUGCAAUAAUUUUCAAAAGAUAAGGGAUUUGACCUGCAAAACUUUCAUCCUUACUUUAGGACUAUACAAAGUGGGUAAGCAGGAAAUCAAUGUUCCUACAUUUUAUGAACAAGAAAUAUGUUUUGAUGGAAAACAGACUGCUACCUUAAUUUUUUUAGCACUACAUUAAUUUUUUAAAUUGAAAAAACCCCUGUAUGGUUACAGAACAGAUAAUACCAAAAGUGUGUCCCUUUAAGUUUCACUAUGUGGGCUAAUUAGCUUCAGUAUGGUCAUGUAUUUACCUCUCCUUAUUCAAUUAUAUCAGAAAAAAAUUCCUGUAUCACGCUGCACAGAGAUUAUUUUUGCUGCAAGUAAUAUUAGCAGAAAAUCUUUGGUGACAAGCUAAGCACUAAACAAAUUAUUCUGUCCUAAGGACCUGAGUGAACUCCACCAAAAUCAGUGAAAAAGAUUCUGUAAACUUCAGUAAGUUGGACAGAAUCUUACACAGUGGGUAACAGCACCAGACUGGCAUCUUUAUUCUCUAAGUAAGGCCAAAUCUUCAGCCUUCAUGACAGACACUGAAGUUUCUCAUUUCAAAUACAAUACAGGCUUGAAGCUGGAUGAGACUGAUGUCCCAGACCAAGCCAUCAUGAGCACAGGUUUGUAUUCACACGUCCUUUGUCUGUCAGAUUGACACCUCCACCAGCUGUGGUGAGUUGUGUGUUUAAAAUGAGGCUGAGCUGCACUUCCUCAGACGGAAGUAUUAAUAAUUUCUACUUAAGACUAAUGCUUGGGCUCAGGCUGGGAUGUGACAAUUCACACUUUUAGCACUACCUGUCCUUACUCUCUCCCCUCCCACUCCUCGGCAGCCCAAGGCAGGAGGCAGGCACUUCUUCACACAUUCCUGACAUAACAUUCCUAUCAGUCCAUAGUCCAAACUCGUAUUAACCUGGAUGGCAGGCACUGCUGCCCGUGCACAAGGGCACAGCAGCAGGACAAGGCCAGUUACAUGUUUCUCAGAAGCUGUUUUGCUUUUCUAAAGAGGGUGCACAUUUUAUAUACAAAGUGAAAUACUCUACCUGGGACUGCUGAGUGAGCUUGCAGCUAACUUUUUUAUGCAGAACAUAUGGUAUAAAAACUGAUAGCAGAGGGAUUUUAUUUAUUUUUUUUUCCUAAAGAGAACAUCUGCACUGUGAAGCUUGAGUACAGGUUUUUACUUGGCAGAAAUGUGGGCUUACAUUAUUUUUUUUUUUUCAUCUUCUCCAGUUCUUGUCUAUGCAGGUCUUUAGAAAAAGCAAUUAAAUCUUCAACAGUCUUCCCAUUUUCCUUUCCAAGUAUGACAUUUCAGCUGGAAUUAAUUGUGAUAAAAUAUGAUGCAAUGCACUUAUUCUUGGCCUGCGUAUUUCUUCCAGCCAUGGUUGUAUUUGUUCUUAACUGGCACAAAAUGCCCAACUUUUUCUGAAAAAUAGCAUUUCCCAUAAAGCCCACAUUUAUACAGAAUACAAAGAGGCAUGCAGAUGUCAUUCAAAUACCUUUCUCAGUGGGUCAGGGGGUAUGUGCUUCUUAAUUUUUCUAUCUAUGUAUCCAUCAAAAUGAAGGACUCCAAAAUAAUGGAUUUUAUAAUGAAGCUAAAAUUCUGUAAAACUCUGUACUAAUUCAAGCAUCAAGCAUAAGUAAUACAACUAGACAUGCUUGUAUUUUUUCCAGUAGAAUGAAGAAUAUUUUUAUAUGCAUUUUCUGUAUUCUGUCUUUGCAUGUCAGGUAUUAAUUUUUGAAGUAUAUUUUCAGUUUUUUACCCUUUUAAAAAGCUGCUUUUUAAAAGUAAUUGUAUCCAUGAACUAAAAAAUAAAGUUGUGUAUACUGAAAAUGGGCUCCAUGCA